AUGCACGUCCCUCGGAGACCCCUUGGCCAGCGCCCGCGCGCGCCUGCACCCGGGCGGGGCAGGCGAUUUGAGACUGCAGGUGCGCCUGCAGGCUGCGGCACCAGGUAUCCACACUGUUUGCUCGGGCCAGUGUCGGAUGAUGAAGGCUCGCAAGGAACAACGGAGAUGCCAACGGAGUUGUCAACGGAGAUGUGCGGCGCACUUUCCGGCCCUCUCUCAGACGCUGACUCAGACAUCGACUCCAUCGAUGAGGGUUCACAAGGAGCCGCAGAGACGUACACCAUCGUCGUGCGGACACCGGAGGAGAGUCGGCCAUCAAGGGAAGAGACAGACAUGCCUUCCUUGUCUGGGCUGGUGACUGGUAGAGACAAGCUCAAGCGAGCAAGAUCCAAGCGCCAUGGACCAGCGCUUUGGUGGAGCUCUCAGGAAGAGCACUUGCAGAGAAUACCACGGGACCUCGACGAUCCGGCAGAGGCAUCGGAGUCGACGCCGCAGCUCGCAUCCUUCUCGCUGGCGUGUGACAUCUUCAGCCAGGGGCCCUUCCAAAAGUGA